CUCAAUUCAUUUUCCCUAUUUCCAAAACACACUUCUUAGAGCAUCCACAGCAUAUCCUAGGAUGCCCUUCUCAUCAGCUAAGCCCGCUGUUUUAGAAUCACUAGUGGCGGGAAUGGAGGAAGGGCGGUCCAUUGGAAUCGAUUUGGGGACGACAUAUUCGUGUGUGGCGGCGUGGAAGCACGAAAGGAUUGAGAUUAUACCAAACUAUCAGGGCAACCGUACCACGCCGUCUCAGGUUGCUUUCACUGACACCCAUCGUCUCAUUGGUGAUGCCGCCAAGAAUCAAGUUGCCAAUAAUCCCUUCAACACUGUUUUCGAUUCAAAGAGGUUGAUCGGUUGCAAAUUCAGCGACCCAACGGUUCAAAGUGACAUGGCAUAUUGGCCAUUCAAGGUCGUUCCUGGCUCUGAUGACAAGCCUAUGAUCGCGGUAUCCUAUAGAGGGGAGGAGAAAGAGUUUUCUGCUGAGGAAAUCUCCUCAAUGGUGCUCACUAUGAUGAAGGAUAUCGCCGAGGCAUAUCUUGGAUCAACUGUGAAGAAUGCUGUUGUGACAGUGCCUGCUUAUUUCAACGACUCUCAACGUCAGGCCACCGUGGCCGCUGGAGCCAUUGCCGGCCUUAACAUUGUCAGGAUCAUCAAUGAGCCUACAGCUGCAGCCAUUGCGUACUAUCUGGAUAAAGGAGCUGCUAGCCAUGUGGCAAAGAAUGUGCUGAUUUUCGACCUUGGUGGUGGCACGUUUGAUGUGUCUGUGGCCACGAUUGAGGCAAAUGUCAUUGAAGUCAAGGCUAUCGCCGGUGAUACUCAUCUUGGAGGACAGGACAUGGACAACAUAAUGGUGAAUCACUUUGUGAAAGAGUUUGAAAGGAAGACGGGUAAGGAUAUUAGUGGGAAUGCAAGAGCUAUGAGGAGAUUGAGGAAUGCUUGUGAAAGAGCCAAGAGGGUUCUUUCCUCUGAUUUCGAAACCCCGAUUGAGAUUGAAUCAUUGAUAGAUGGGAUUGAUUUGUUUUCUACUAUUCGUCGUGCUAAAUUUGAUGACAUUAACAUGGGUUUAUUCAACAAAUGUAUGGAGCUUGUUGAGAAAUGCGUGAGUGAUGCAAAGAUGGAGAAAAGCAGUGUCGAUGAGGUGGUGCUGGUGGGCGGGUGCAGUAGAAUUCCUAAGCUGCAGGAGAUGUUGAAGGAGUUUUUUAAUGGGAAAGAGGUGCUCAAGACCAUUAAUCCAGACGAAGCUGUGGCUCGUGGUGCUGCAGUGCUGGCAGCCAAGUUGAGUGGUGAAGGCAAUGACAAUUUGGAAAAGCUCGUUCUUUUCGAAGUUACUCCAUUGUCCCUUGGUAUUGAAGUUGAUGGAGAUCGGAUGUCAGUGUUUAUUCCAAGGAAUACACCUAUACCAACAAGGAAGGAGAAAAUUCUUAAGACGGCCGGCGACAAUCAGACCAGAGCACUCUUUGCUGUGUACGAGGGCGAAAGAAGCAAGAUAACAGAGAAUAAUCUGCUAGGUGAAUUCAAACUCCAUGGCAUUCCACUAGCGCCCAGAGGUGUUGCUACAUUCAAAAUGUGCUUCGACAUUGAUGAGAAUGGUAUCUUAAAUGUGUCAGCAGAGCAUGUGGGUACUGGGUUGAAAAACGAGAUCACUAUCACCAACAACAAGGGCAGAUUGUCUAAUAAAGAAAUUGAGAGGAUGAUCAGGGAUGCAAAGAAGUACAAGUUGGAGGAUGAGAAGUUUAAGGAGAAAAUUGAGGCCAGGUCUUACUUGGAGGACUACGCCUACAAUUCGAGGAAUACCAUUAGAAGUGCAGCAAAGAUCACAGCAAAAGACAAGAAGAAGAUGGAGGAUGCUUUUGAGUCUUUCACAAAGUGGUUGGAGUGUAACAAGCAUGCAGAGGCUGAUGAUUUUAAACAAAAGAUGAAGGAGCUUGAGACUAUUUUCAAUCCCAUCAUCACCAAGAUGAAUUAAGAAUGAAAAUUGAUGAUUGUCAUUCUUUACUUUUAUCUAUCAAGAUUUUUGUUCAUAUUUGUGUAAUGGAGUUGCUUGUUCUCUUU